AAAAAGUUAUCGAUGAUCCAACUCAACUAACAACCAAAGAAAGGAAUGUGGCGUGCACGACUGGAACAUCUACCGAAGUCUAUCAAAAUCAUGAUUGCCUCCCACAAUUAAAUAAGGGGAAACACACAAAGGUAUUUAAUAGUGCCUGACUAACAUGGAUGACCACUGUCAACUGGGUGUUGUUUAUUAAGAUAAGCUUCCACUUUAAAAAAUUAUGAAGUUUUGAUGGUAGCGGAAGCGGUCGGGUCGGGAAAAGCGAAUGCACAGGAACAAAUCGUGACAUCAUUUUUGAGGCAGGCUGGAAGCUCGCUAUCGCAGUGAUUUUCGCGUUGUUAAAAAGGUCCCAACCUGCUCGUCUUUAUAACGAGCGCCUGUGAAGUUGACAUUGUCAUUUUCACAACUUGCAACUUUUCUUUUCCUUUUCACUUUUUUCUCUCUGGCUUGAAUUGGUACUUGGAAUGUCUGUCUCAAGAAAGGAAUGUUUAAGUCGUCUAGACUACUAUUAUCGAGCUAUCGAUACUACUAUCAUAUCACGUCAAAACCCUGCCAGUGGACUUAUCCCAGCUUCAGUUGCAAUUACGACCCAUGGAAACUAUACAGAUGCUUGGGUCAGAGAUAACGUCUACUCCAUUUACGCCGUGUUCGGAUUGGCGCUGGCUUACCGUAGAGUCGACGAUGACAGUGGCAGACAAUACGAACUUGAGCAUUCCGUCAUCAAACUGAUGCGUGGCUUGCUGUUUGCAAUGAUGAGACAAGCACCUAAAGUUGAACAGUUCAAGAAGACUCAGUCAUUAGAACAUUCUCUACACGCAAAGUACGAUACCAAUACUGGAGAUACUGUUGUAGGGGACUUUGAAUGGGGUCAUCUUCAGAUUGAUGCCACCAGUAUAUUUUUGCUUGCUCUGGCCGAAAUGACCACGAGUGGACUCCAAAUCAUCUACACUCUUGAUGAAGUGGACUUUGUACAAAACUUGGUAUUUUACAUCGAAAACGCAUAUAGAACUCCCGACUACGGUAUCUGGGAAAGAGGCAAUAAGAUCAACCAUGGUCAACCUGAACUCAAUUCAUCGUCCAUCGGUAUGGCUGUUGCCGCAUUACAGUGUAUCAAUGGUGUUAAUCUGUUUGGCGCCAGAGGUGGAGCAUCUUCCGUGAUUCAUGCAUUGCCUGACGAAUUGACUCGAAAUACUACCACAUUGCACAGCUUCUUACCAAGAGAAUCAAACUCAAAAGAAAUCGAUGCUGCUCUACUCUCCGUCAUUGGUUUCCCCGCCUUUGCUGUUUCGGAUCCAAAGUUGGUUCAAGAAACUCGUAACGAGAUCAUCACCAAAUUGGGAGGAAAAUACGGAUGUAAACGAUUCUUGCGUGAUGGCCAUCAAAAUGCAUUGGAAGAUGUUACUCGUCUUCAUUAUGUGCCUCAUGAACUUCAGAUGUUUGAGGAUGUUGAAUCUGAAUGGCCCCUCUUUUUCACAUACCUGAUCUUGGAAGGUCUGUUCAAUGGUGAUCACGACCAAGUCGACGAAUACCGUAACAAGCUUGCACCAUUGAUCGUGCAUUCCUCUUCUAUGGACGAUUUUGCCCAGUUCUUAUCUGAGCCUACCAGUCCUGUUCAUACACAUGCUCCUAAUACUCCAUUCAGUGGUAGCGGAGGUGCAUGUACACCUGGUGGAACACCUGUCAGACGUCUGUCUUUCUCUCCUACAUCAUCACCCGCAGAAAUGUCUAGCCACCGACGAGAGGGACUUGAACUGAUCCCUGAAUUGUACUUUGUUCCCAAGGAUUUGAUUGAUGCUGAAAAGGCGAACCCUCAUUCUCAACCCCGUGUUGCUAAUGACAAUGUACCAUUGGUGUGGGCCAAUUCUCUCUUCUUCUUGGGUGGCCUUAUCCAUGAUAACUUGUUGUCACCUGCUGAAAUUGAUCCCCUCGGCCGCCGUUUCAAUCCAUUAGGCAAGGACUACCGCGACACCGUGGUGCAGAUUGUAUUGUUGGCCGAAAAUGAACAGCUUCAGAAUACACUUUCUAUGUUUGGAUUGGAAACACAAACGCUGAAGCAGAUUGCACCCACAUUUACCGUGUUGCCUCCUGAUGCGCUCAAGGAAGUGUAUGCCGGUCUUGGUAUGAACAGCAAGCUCAAAUUGACUGGUAGACCAAAGAGACCUAUCGGAUCAUUGGGUACUUCCCGUCUUUACCGUGUUCAAGGCGAGCUCUAUGCGUUCACCCCUCAUUUCAUGGACAAUGAAGAAUUCUACUUGAAUUCCGAUGCUGAUUACCUUAUUUCAGCCUUUGAAAGCGAGGUUGCUUUCGUUCAAAAGAAUUGGUUCUAUCCUGGCCGCCCCACAAUGACAGUCCUCCUUACAAACGAUAUGCUUGGAGGUCUUACCAGACACCAGAAUUGGAACGCCAGCAACAACGAUUCGUCACGCAAGAACUUGUUGAACCACUUUAUGAAUUUGCGAUCUGGCAGAUGCGGUGGUGUACGUAUUCGACUUGGAAGACUUGCUGAGCUUAUCAAUACUAGCAACAUUGAAUCUCUCGAUUUCUUGAUCAACAAGUCUGACUUGGAUUGGGAGACCAUUCUGCGUGUGGCCAACGCCGCAAGAUAUCGCUCCUCAUCCCACCGCAAGCUUGGCUACAACGAGCGUAUGACUCAAGCAAGCACACCUGCUGGAUUAAAGACUCCCGGCCUGAAGACUCCCAAGAAGCGUUCAAUGAGCUUCCAUGGAAAGUAUGCUUUGACACCAAGACCUGAAGAGGAACAGGAUAGCUAUUUCUCCGCUGUUACAGAUGCGCUCAAGAAACUCAGCACAGGCGCCCCCGAAGAUAAGUUCAAGUUGAAGAGCCACGAGGAUUCUGCCUCAUCUGGCACUCCAGUUAGAAAGUCAGAUGGCCAACAAGAAUGGAAGGCCACUGAAAAAAUAGCAGAAAAGGCUGGAUUCGUCGGACAGGUCACUCCUGAUGCCGCGUCUCCUGUCAGUGAAGUUAACCUUGUUCCCAAGUCGGAUAACCGCUCUGAGUCCCCAUCUUCCGAUAUGCUCAACCUCACUCUUGGUGACCCGUCACAGUUUGACCAAGCUAUUGAGAACUUGAUCAACUCUGUCAAUCUCUAUGACCAAGUUGAUCUUUUGCAAUAUCUGGUUUCAUGUAAACCCUUGAGCUUUAGAAUUGAAAACUUAGAUUCAACCAUCAAAGAAUUACUUCAAGAAGUAUACUACAAGGCCGUGCGUUUGCAGUACUGGUCUAUUGUCCGACAAUCAGCUGGUCUUUUGCAGAAGGUUGUGCCUUCCUUGACUAUCAACGUCACCGAUCUUGUCAUUCGACAGAAGCAAGUUACCAUUGGUUCCGGCAAAGAUGAAUACUUCAUCUCCAUGCCUGUCGGUCCUGAAGUUCUCAGCCGAAUGAUUGAAGAGCAUUGUUCUGGUGAUGAUGUCCGUGAAGGCUCUUUGGUCCAGGAAAUCAUUAUUUACAUGGGAAGCUUUAUUCGAAAUCACCCAGAGAUCUUUGAGGGAAUUCUUCGACUUCGUACACAUCACAUCAUUAUUGCUCUCCGAGAGGAAAUCAGCUGCAUGAACAACUGCAAUGAAGAAGAAGCAGUCGAGUAUCUGAUGCAGCUCUCUCCCUUUGAACUGCAGUCUCUUUUGCGAACCAUCUUGUCUGGACCAACGUUGUCUAUCAAUGAUACCAACGUCCUUGUUCGUGACCAACCCGGUGGUCGAUUGAUGCUCUCUUCUAUCAACGGUAGAGUACGUGUACUCCCAUCCGGAUCUUCUCCCGAUCAGGUAUCUGAAGACAAGCGUGCAAUGAGAGAAAUGAGUCUGCCUAUUCCCUUAUCUGCCACUGCAUGCUCUACCAACCCUACCGAGGUCCAUAUCAAGGCUCAAUCCGGUGGUUUCUUGUCCGGCAACUUUGCUCAAAUUGAGUUGAACGGUAAUGCACUGUCAGCUGGAAACCGUGGAUUGAACCUUUGUGUCAUCGAUCCCGUUGAGAAGAUCAUUCUGGAACGAGUUGGUUUCGAUACGCAUAUCUCUGAGGACGAAUCAGAAGAUCUUGCCAAGUUCAUCGAGUGGGUCGAUACCGGUAUGGUGGUUAUUGCUGUUGCCAAGGAUGAUUUCACCGAACACCUCACUGCCAGUGCCAGAACUGCCAUUGAGUCCCUUGGAAGUGCCACUAUUCAAAAUGUCAGAUAUCGUGAUUCCUUUGCCUUGAUUGGAAUCAAGGGUGCCGACAAGGGUUCCGUUACCGAAGCUCAUAAGGGAGCUAAUGAUGGUCCUACUGAUGUCAUUGAAAAGGUGGUUCAGCUCUCCAGCGUUUCGGAUGAGGACAAGGAAGUGACUUCUGCCACGGUGGCAAGUUGCGUACCCAACUCUGCUGGAAGAUGGCUUCGUCGUCGUCGUAAUGAUGGUGCCUUGAACCGCAUGCCCACCGAUUUCUAUCCCAAGACUUGGAAGAUUCUAGAGAGAGCUCAGGGUUUGCGUAUCAAUGAUCAUGUUCUUCCUCGUGAACCUACCGUUCUUGAGAAGACAGCUGAGGAAUUCAACUUUGCCUUGAUGGUAGAGCACUUCUUGCGCUGGAUCGCCGACCCUGCUGAGCGACAGGUUGCCGUUGAGACGUUGACUGUCAUUUCCAAAAUACAGGACCGUAACCCUGAGAUGAAGAUCAUGGACCACGACAUCAACAUCACUCAAAUUAUGAACCAGGCGGUUGAAAGUUUCUGGAAUAAGUGGACUGAAAAGAACAAGGACAAUUGGGAGAACAGUAAAUUGUUCUCCGGUGACUUUGGCGUCGAGUCCAAUCGAUCCUUGGCUCGCAAACUCUUCUUUGAUCUUCCUCAACAAGAUGGUUCUGAAUCCACCUUCAGCUACCUUGCUUCCAGUGCGCUUAAGGUCCUGCCUUUUGAACUAGAUUUUGUUGAGGAUGCCCUUAAAUAACUUUAGCCUAGCUCUACCUGUUGUUUGAUAGCCUGUUUAGUUUGCAUUUUCUUGUCGCCUCAUGUUGUUGCUUCCCUUGUCCAUGCGAACAUUUUAUUUCUCUUGCAUUUUUAAUGAACAUUGUGUCCUUUUGCUUUUCUAUUCCACGGAGUAUUUUUACUCACGUUGUACAUGAAGUCUUUCAUUUGUGUGAUAGUAAAUGCGCGUCUUUUGAGAUAACAAGGGCCUACCAAUGCUUUUUGAAGAUAUGGGUUCUAAUUUUAUUCCUUUCGUGAUGAAAUCUGGAUGCAUGCAUCUCAAC